AUUAUAUAAAGUUUUUGCAGUGCUUGUUGUUGUUGAUAAACCAAGUAACCAACCAACUGCAAGCAGAAGCUGCUGACGUCAUCAAUGGCAGCAGGAAACUAUGAUGACGAAGAAGAUCAUCCGCCAUUGUUGCAGACCUCAAAUCACAACCUCACAGGAACUGUGUGGACAGCCCUAGCACAUUUUAUAGCUGGAGUGAUAGGUUCAGGUGUUUUGUCACUGGCUUGGAGUGUGGCACAGCUCGGGUGGAUCGCUGGACCGUUGUGUGUCGUAGUCAUCGCGUUGUUCGCGCUCGUGUCUGCGUUUCUUAUCAGUGAUGUUUAUGUUUAUACAAAUCCUAGCAAUGGCUGCACCACCAGAAACCACUCAUUUUUGCAGGCUGUUCACAACAUUUUAGGAUAUAAGAAUGGAUUGGUGUGUGGAUGCUUGGUUUUUUUCAGUUUAUUCAAAACCGGGGUUGUAUAUGUUAUCACAUCAGCAAUCUGUAUGAGAGCAAUUAAGCAAUCAAAUUGUUUCCACAAAGAAGGGCAUGAUGCUGCUUGCGAAUUCGAGCAUAAAUAUUAUAUGCUUAUGUUUGGAAUCAUUCAAAUUAUAGCUUCUCAAAUACCCAACAUUUUUCAUACGAAAUGGCUCUCGAUUAUUGCUGCAAUUAUGUCCUUCACCUAUUCUUCGAUCGGAAUUGGACUUGGAUUAGCCCAAGUAAUAGAACAAGGGGUGAUUAAAGGGAGCAUCAACGGAAUCUCAACUACUAAUCCGACGCAAAAAGUAUGGUUGGUUGCUCAAGCUAUUGGAGACAUUGCAUUUUCAUUUUCAUUCUCAUUAAUCCUUCUUGAAAUACAGAGCACUUUAAAGACACCUCCAUCUCAAAAGGUGACCAUGAAGAAGACUUCCACUAUUGCAGUAUUCAUAACUGCUUCCUUUUACCUGUGUUGUGGUGCUUCUGGUUAUGCUGCAUUUGGAGAUUUGACUCCUGGGAAUUUGUUGACCGGGUUCGGGUUUUAUGAACCGUAUUGGCUCGUUGACUUUGGUAAUGCGUGCAUUGUUCUCCACUUAGUUGGCGGUUACCAGAUAUACAGUCAGACUUUGUUUGCACUUGUGGAAAGAUGGUAUACGGAUAAGUACCCCGAAAGCAUAUUGACGAGGGACAUUCCGAAUAUAAAGGUGUCAUUUUGGCCCGAGUUUAGAUUAACUCGUCUUAGGUUAUGUUUUAGAACGACAUAUGUGGUCUUGACCGUGGCAGUCGCGGUGUUAUUCCCUUACUUCAAUGAGGUCCUCGCGUUCUCGGGCUCGAUCAUCUUUUGGCCCUUGACCAUAUAUUUCCCUGUUGAGAUGUACUUUGUGCAUAAGAAGGUUGUACCUUGGUCCGGAAAAUGGAUUGUACUUCGUUUGUAUAGUAGUUUUUGCUUGUUUGUGACAGUUUUUACUUUGGUUGGUUCCCUUCAAGGACUUAUUGCCAAAAGAUUUGGCUAAUUCUUAAUUUUUGAAAGGGUUGCCAAAAUAGUAAUGUUUUUUUUCAAA